CGGACUGACAGGCGCAACUUCCGGUCUCAACUCCUCCUUUGUCUGAGCCCUCUUUCGGUCCUCCGCCUAGUUAUUUAUUUAUUUCCUUUUCAUUCGUGGGGUAUAUUUUAAUAUAUAUCCACAUAUCUCGGUUAUUGAAUGACAUUUGAUUCUGACACAUAUAUGCCUAAAAGCAAAGCCCCCAAAAUGGAUGAUCUGGACUACAUCCCAGCGGACCUGAGCCCAGAGGAACGCUCCGAACUGGAGGAGAUCCGGCGCAGGAAGGGAGCUCUGCUUCUGGAGAUCCAGAGACUGAAAGAUGAGCUGAGAGAAGCCAUUAUAGAGGUGGAGGGUCUGGAGACCAGCACAGAGGGCAGUAAAACUUUACAGAAGAGUCGACAUGUGGCUAUGGGGAGGAAAAAAUUCAACAUGGAUCCGAAAAAGGGAAUUGUGUUUCUAGUGGAAAAUGAGCUUCUCAGACACACUCCAGAGGACAUUGCCCAGUUUCUGUAUAAAGGAGAAGGACUUAAUAAAACUGCAAUAGGAGACUAUCUGGGUGAAAGAGAUGACUUCAAUAUUAAAGUAUUACAGGCGUUUGUGGAUCUUCACGAAUUCACAGAUCUCAACUUGGUACAAGCCCUUAGGCAGUUUCUGUGGAGCUUCCGGUUGCCAGGUGAAGCUCAGAAGAUCGACAGGAUGAUGGAGGCCUUCGCUCAGAGAUACUGUCACUGCAAUCCUGGAGUCUUCCAGAGCACAGACACCUGUUAUGUGCUGUCGUUUGCCAUCAUCAUGUUGAACACCAGUCUGCAUAACCCGAAUGUUCGGGACAAGCCAACGGUGGAGCGCUUCAUCAGCAUGAACAGAGGCAUCAAUGAUGGUGGAGACUUACCAGAAGAACUUCUCAGAAACCUGUAUGACAGCAUCAAGAAUGAGCCGUUUAAGAUCCCAGAGGAUGAUGGGAAUGAUCUGACACACACUUUCUUCAACCCUGAUCGAGAGGGCUGGCUCCUCAAACUGGGAGGUCGUGUGAAAACAUGGAAGAGGCGGUGGUUCAUUCUGACAGAUAACUGUCUUUAUUACUUUGAGUACACAACAGAUAAAGAGCCCAGAGGCAUCAUUCCUUUAGAAAAUCUGAGUAUACGUGAGGUUGAAGAUCCCAGGAAGCCAAACUGUUUCGAGCUGUAUAUCCCCAAUAACCGCGGUCAGCUGAUUAAAGCGUGUAAGACUGAAGCUGAUGGCAGAGUGGUGGAGGGAAAUCACAUGGUGUACCGAAUCUCUGCCCCCACCCCAGAAGAAAAAGACGAAUGGAUCCACAGCAUCAAAUCUGCUGUGAGCGUGGACCCUUUCUACGAGAUGCUUGCAGCCAGGAAGAAACGCAUUUCACUAAAGAAAAAGGAAGAGCAACCAUAAAAUCCUCAAUUUCUCCCCAUGAUCCUUCCAUAAUCUUACAGUCAUCUUACUCCAGCAGCAGAAAACCUUCUUCCAUUCACUGAGAAACAAACAAUACUUCCCUGACACAUCGAGGUAGCUCUUGUCCUGCCAUUACGCUGGUUUUAUGGACACGUUGAUAUUUUUGUCAAACCUGAACACUGAACCAUCUUUAGUUGGAUUGUGCAGGUGUGACCUGUCCAAUACUCGUUUAUUCAUACUUCUCUUCUCUACAUACUUCUACUACACUUCUACACUACAGUGUUAUUCACUAGUCAUCACACCAGCCUGUACAAGCCUUUAAACUCUUUUAUGCUGACAUUCGAAAUAUUUGGACAACUGCGCCGAUCGCAUUCAAAUAAAAGUGACAAUUCUGUCAUGAUUUCCUCACCCUAUCAUUGUUCCUUAAUCCGUAUAACUUUCUGUCUGGGUAUCAGGUUUUCAAUGCAGUAACAGUGAAAGGACUGGAGGCUUUGAUAAUAAACAAAGGAUGAUAAAGCACUAUUUAAAUUUAUUCCCUUAAACCGAGGAAUAAAAAUAUUCUUUUUUGUGUCAAAAUGUUGACAUGCGCCCUAACUCUCCUAAGUGCAUUUACCAAUCACUUGUUUUUGAAUUGGACCGUUAUCAAUGAUUUGGUAUCAGUCGAGUUAACAGCUCACUGAGGGAAAUUUCUUCCCCAAACCUGUUAUGUUAACUUUAAUUUUAGCUUAUUUUUAAAUUAGCUUUUAGCUCAUUUUUGAUGCUUGACUUUAGUCCCUUCCCCGCUGUUACUGACUUUCAGCCUUACCAGGGAUGGAUACAAGUCAUAUGGGUUUUGGAACAGAUUCAGGGUGAUCAGAUUUUCAUUUUGCGGGUGAACUAUUUCUUUAACCCAUCUGCAGGACAUUAGCCUUCAUCGCACAUUACUUAGUUCUCUGCAUUUUACUUGCACACUUCCACUUCAUCAUUAGUUUGAGCGGUCAGUUUGGUUUUAGUUUCCUCUCUCCUUACCGCCGCUCUCACGUUUGAUGGCUUCUGACCAGCGAUCUUGCUAUUGACAGCAUCGUACUGUGAAGUUCUUACACAUUACAGGGUAGACAACCAAACAGCCUGGUGUAUUCUUCAUCAUCACCAUCAUCAUCAGGGACAGAUCUAACAUAGCCUUCACCACAGCUCAGCUUCUCUUGUUUUGUAGAUUGUGUUACUGAUAUUGAAAGAAGAAGUUUUGCUCGCGUUGAAGGCUUUAGUUAGUCUGAAUGCUAUUUACUGAGUCUAUUCUGCCUGUUUGAACUGAAACUAUUUAUCUCUUAUUAACUUGAGUUUAUGUUAUAAAUGAAGAUUUAAUGAAGGCCAUUGCUAUACACACACAUCAAAUUAAAGGAAUAGUCUACUCAUUUUCAAUAUUAAACUAUGUUAUUACCUUAACUAAGAAG